CUGCAAUUGCAUGCCCUUGACUCUGUCUGCAAAUGAUGCACGGAGAAAUUGGGGCCGAGGACUCACUGAUUCAGUGCGUCGACAGAUAUGGCGGCAACCUGCGGGACGCAGUUUUUGAACAAUUACUACGUCGACGAUGAUGAUGAGGAGGAGGAGUCGUCGACCGACGCACUGAUCGUGCUCUUGACUCAUCUUGAGCGAGUAAGGAUUUAAUGGGAGCCUGCAUCGCAUCCCAAAGGAAGGAUCCAGAAGCUGAAUAUAGUACCGUGAUGAGGCGGGAGCUUGCAAAGAUGAUCUACGAUGACUUGUCUAAGACGGGUUGCCGUACGAUCAAUGCCCUCAAGAAGAGGAAAAUCUCGGAAUCUGGUACUCGUUCUGCUAGACAGGAGGUUGAGGCGGACAUCAACAAACACAAGAUGGUCUUCUUCGAUUUGCGAGAGAAUAAUCUUAUAAGUCCUCGACAUUCAAGGCAGCUUCAAAACUUCAGAAAUGAAAUCGAGAUGGACAUCAGGAACCGAAGGGAUGUUGAGCCACCACCAAAUGUAGGAUCCACCGUGUCGUGGGAGAUUCUACAAAAAAUUCAGGAACUGGAGAAUACCAAGAGCACACCGAGAAUUAGGAAAAAUGUACCAGCCUCCCGUGCUACUCAUCACCAUCAUCCAAGCAAUCGUUCUCUACCUCCCAGGACGUCCACGGGUAGCCUGCCCAUAAAACCUGCCAAAUCGGCAGAGGUUACCUGGGCAAUAUGAGAGAUUUCUACGGGAUAAGGGCCAUUAAACAGGACUUUUCGGUGCACUUCAGGUGAGUACGUGAAAGAAGUGUUCCAUAAUGUAUAUAUAGUCAACAAACCGAAAGAAGUCAGUAUCCAUGUGUUCUAGCAGAUUGUUAACCAUCACUAAGUUUGAUGACAGUGUACAAGUCGUGUCUCAUAGAAUCGAAUAGCAGACACUGAUACAAGUCCAGUACGGAACAUA